UUAUGAAGCACAAUCAGCAACUCGAACGUGGGGUCAUCCAGUCCAGUCGCAGACUGCUGUUUAACAAAAUUAAUGCGAAGAUUCCCAUUUACAUGAGGGUGUAACUUAGAAUAUAGGCUAGAUAUAUUCUUAAUAUAUAUAGGCUAUCGUUUCCUUGAAAUUCAGAAGAAAUUGCAACCUCACUCGUAAGAGCCCACAUGCAACCGUGAGUAGUCUAUAUUUUUUAAAGGAAUUUAAACUUGUUAUAUUGUAUUAUAUAUUACAGCAAGUAUUGUAAUGUGUUAUUACUAUUCGUCAUAUUCAUCCUGAAGCUUAAAACGACUUUGAAAUUAACCUAAUUGAAAGUGAAAGUAUAAAUGAAGCGCCAUAAGAUAACAGUUGAUUACACACUCCAGCACCCAAUGUUGUCCCUUAUUAGUCGGUCAGCUGUUUUUCAUUAAAUGGUCACACUCCCUCCAAUAUUUUCAGAUAAUCUAUGUCCAAGGGGUUUAAUUGGGAUUUUGUGUGAACUAAUUCUCAAAUUGCCACUUUUUCGAUAAUAGGCUAUAACAGAUCUAUGUGCACAUUUCAUUUUCCAUAUGGAAUCCCACUUAGUCCUCCUCAAUUUAACCCCUGGAUAUGAUGUUCCUCAACCUCAUUAUCUGUCUGUCCCAACCUCCUGUUCUAGAGCCUGUUUGGAAUGCCGAAAAUGAACUUCUUUCCGCUGGUCUUCCUGUGCAUGGAUGUGUGUGUGGUGCAGACAGUCCGCUUGUCCCAACUCUCUCCUCUCCUCCUCCCUCAUCCCCUUAUCACCUUGUGGGGUGGAAGCCUGCUCCGUGCCGGCCUCCACCUCUUUCUCACCUUCAUGUUCCCUGGAAGUCCCCCAUGGAUGAGCAGCUUCGAGGGACUCCAGAGCAUGGGGGUCCUCUGCUUCCACUGCCCACUCUACAUCAGCCUUCUCUGGGCAUGUGGCCAGUCCAUCUUGGGGCAGCUAUGGGGAUGGCACUCCUGGCAGGGGGUGGGUGAAAAGUCUAUAUUGCUAUAAUUAUGUUAAUAUAUAUAUAUAUAUAUAUAUAUAUACCCUUUUUGUUUUAAAAAUGGACAAACCUAACGGACUAAAAUCACUUGUUUUUCAGCUACUUCAGGGCUACUGCGUAACAGUCGUAGCAUGGUUGUACUGGACACGCUACGUCCCUUCUCUUAUUACCAAGCCAACCAAGGAACCACAGAAGAAGACUGGGGCCUCUCUAGAGAAACUGAUGGGAUACAUGAAGCCUUACAUCAUACGCUUCGGAGCAGUGCUGAGUCUUGUCGUCAUCUCUUCCCUUGGUGAGAUGGCUAUUCCCCACUACACCGGCCGAAUGACAGACUGGAUCAUGAAUGAAGACGAGCCUGAAGCCUUCACUUACGCCAUCACAGUCAUGUCUCUGAUUACAGUCAUGAGGUAUAGUACAGCAUAGAUCAAUAAUUGGCAAUACGAUUAUCUUGAGUCCUUCCAAUUGAUGCUCAGUGUUUGAUACUCCUGUUUUUUUAGGUUUCAAGCUUCCUAACCACUUCCUUAAGGCAUCUAUUGUAAUGAUACUGUAGUAACAUGUUUCUUUGCCCUCCUUCUCCCAUCUUCAUCAUUCAGUGCUGUGUGUGAGUUUGUGUGUGAUCUCAUCUACAACAUCACCAUGAGUCGCAUACACACCUCCAUCCAGGGCCUAGUCUUCCAGUCAGUGCUGAAGCAGGAGAUCGCUUUCUUUGACAAAGCACAGACAGGUGAGUCACAUCUCAUUGUAAUCUACAGGUAACUGCCUAAAUAAAUGAAACACCAACAUACAGUGUCUUAAUAGGGCGUUGGGCCACCACUAGCCGCCGGAAUAGCUUCAAUGUGCCCUGGCAUAGAUUCUACAAGUGUCUGGAACUUUAUUGGGGGGAUUGACACCACCUCGAGAAAUGUUUGUUUUGUUGAUGGUGGUGGAAAACGCUGUCUUAGGUGCGACGCUCCAGAAUCUCCCAUAAGUGUCCAAUUGGGUUGAGAUCUAGUGACUGAGACACACACACCCACCCUUUAAACUCCCAAUGCUCUUUGAGACCCCACUUUCAAAGUCACUGAGAUCUCUUCUAGCCAUGGUAGCCCAAAUAAUGGGCAGCUGGACAUAUUUAUACAUGACCCUAAGCAAGGAAUGUUCAUUGCUUAAUUAACUCAGGAACCACAACUGUGUGGAAGCACCUGCUUUCAAUAUGCUAUGUAUCCCUCAUUUCCUCAAGUGAUUCCUUUAUUUUGGCAGUUACCUGUACUCCACCUUCUUAAAUAUAUUUUUUUAUACAGUAGCUGGGUUACUAAUUUAUUCAAAGCUAACUGAUAAACACAUACUGUAUGUCCCAAGGAUAUAUCCCAGGUGUUUUUAAGUGAAAAGGAGCUAAUCUUAAUAAACACGAGUGAUACUGUCAAGAGCAUUGUGUUUUUUUCUUUCUUUAUGCAAUAUAUUUAUGCUUUAUGCUAUAUAUAUAUGAUAUAUAUUUGCACCCCGUCCCCUCCAAGGGGCUAACUUAACCUAUGACCUUUGUUCCAGGUGACCUUGUGUCACGCAUCACCACGGACACCAACGACAUGAGUGAGUCUCUGAGUGAGAGGUUGAGUCUGCUGAUGUGGUACUUCAUGCGUGUCACUUUCCUCUUCAUCUUCAUGCUCAAUCUCUCCUGGAAGCUGUCACUCUUCACCGCUAUGGGGCUUCCUAUCAUCUGGGUCAUACCAAAGAUAUCCGGCAAGUGGUACCAGGUACAGGAAAUCAGACCUUUUCUAACCUAUUGUAGUAGAAGUAGCCUGGUCCCAGAUCUGUUUGCGCCUUCUUGACUAAAUGUAUGGGGUGACAAUGACAAUAAGAGUUGGCUAAACAGCAUAAACAGAUCUGGGACCAGGCUAUAGUGGGGGUAGUUCUGUGAACUACUGAACACUCCCGUGAUGAGUAACAUUGUCUGAGAGUUGCAGUUUCUUGAUUCUUGAUUCUACAAGCCACAGUCACAAAAAUAGCACCACAGAGCAGACAGAUCAGAAUGUUACCUGACCAAUCAGAAUGUAACUGUGAAUAUUGUUUUUGUCCCAGGAGCUCGGUGCGAAGGUUCAAAAGUCACUAGCCCAGGCCAAUGAUGUUGCCACGGAGACCUUCUCCUCCAUGAAGACAGUGCGCAGCUUUGCCAAUGAGGAGGGCGAGACAGAGCGCUACAGGAAGAGGCUGGAGAAGACCUACUCUCUGAAUAAAGAGGAAGCAGCAGCCUACGCAGCCUCGACCUGGACCAAUAGCGUGAGUCUCAGCUUCAAUUGUAAACAGUCACAGAGUGAGAGCAAUUUAUCCAAAUUCAGUUCCAAAAAGCUUGGAUUGCACAUUGACUCAUGAGGGUGCAUGAAUUUGUCUGUAAUAAGGGCCCUGAGUUUUUCCUGGCCAUGUGAACAGACUAGGGAAAGCUCUGGGCCAUUGUUAUAGACUAUAACUACUGUAGGUCCCAGAGUUCUUCCUGGUUACAUGAUCUGGAAAACUCUGGGCCCUAGUCAUAAUCAAUAAUAACCCCAUCUGUCUCCCUUUCAGAUGUCAAGCCUGUUCCUGAAGGUCAGUAUCCUGUACUAUGGUGGUAGUCUGGUGACAGGGGGGACCGUCAGCAGUGGGGACCUUGUGGCCUUUGUGCUCUACGAGCUCCAGUUCUCCUCUGCUGUGGAGGUAAGGCCAUAGAUAAACAGUCUCCAUUCAAUCUACCAGCAGCCAUCUUAUGCUUGAUCCCUACUACCAAAUACAAACAAACCUAAAUGUACACACCCUAACAAGGCACUGGCAAUUUGUUCUACAGUAAAAUAGGGGUCAACAUGAUUUAUCAGUAUCAAAACAUUUGAAUCAUAACUAGAGUUUUGAGUAGCAACAUUUUGACAGUCACUUACUGGUGUCGCUUUUACACCUCCUGUCUGGCAGGUCUGUGAUGUCGUGUUACCCAAGUGUGAUGAGGGCGAUCGGCGGCUCAGAGAAGAUAUUUGAGUAUGUGGACCGACAGCCCCAGGUUCCUCCAGAAGGCUCCCUUGCCCCACAGAAACUUGAGGGACAUGUUCAGUUCAAGAAUGUCACAUUUACCUACCCUACCAGGGAAGAUACACCUGUGCUCAAGGUAUCUACAUUAUAUUUACAGUAUACUAUAUACUGGAUAUGAAUUAAAAUAACAUACAUUAAAUUACAAUUUCUCUCUAUCUCCCAGGGCCUGUCUCUGGAGCUGAGGCCUGGGCAGAUCACUGCCCUGGUGGGGGCUUCUGGAUCAGGGAAGAGCACCUGUGUGAGCCUGCUGGAGAGGUUCUACCUGCCCCAGGAAGGAGAGAUCCUAUUGGAUGGAAAGCCACUGCACAGCUACAAGAACCAGUACCUACACGACAAGGUCAUUACGAACAGCAAUGGAAGCAAUGUUACUCUUCCCCUAAGCUAUAUUAGUGCGUAACAUAAAUAGCUACCAGCCUUUAAAGAACACUACAUGAUCACAAUGUUUGCCAAGAAGUUAUUAACCAACUAAUGAAUAAUGUCUCUCAGAUCAGUGUGGUGAGUCAGGAGCCGGUGUUGUUUGCACGUUCUGUCAAGGAGAACAUCAAAUAUGGCCGAGAGGACGCUUCCGACGAGGAGAUAUACCGGGCUGCUGGGCUGGCCAAUGCCCACAAGUUCAUCUCUGACCUGCCCAAGGGCUAUGAUACAGGUAUGUCCCAAAAGCUUAAUUCAUAUUGACUUCAUCCUGAUAGGAUUGGUAAUAUUGUUUCUUUGGGGCUUUGUUUAGUCCUUACUGAUAAAAAGUUACACUUUUUUCUGCAUGACUUCGACUUUGAACUGUUAGUACUUUUCCUUCCUCAAACUACUGAUGAUAUGAUUGUAGUGUAUGUGUGUUAUCCAGCUCUGCUGUUCAUACCUAAUUGUUGUUCUUUAUUCCACAGAUGCCGGGGAGAAGGGAGGCCAUGUUUCAGGAGGGCAGAAGCAACGCAUAGCCAUCGCCAGAGCUCUGAUCAGACAGCCUCGGAUUCUAGUACUGGACGAUGCCACCAGUAACCUAGACACCGAGAGCGAGCAUUUGGUAGGAGAACUCUGAAUCUUGUUAUCUUUCACUACAACAGACUGACAUAAAUCAAUUUUGGGUGGAUAAUCAGUUGCUGUUGAUCAUUUACUCACAAUAUAACCCAAUGGAGGCUGUUUCCUUCCCUAACUUUAAUCAUUGAUUUACAGUGUAUUGUAAUCUCAGCUAAUCUCUGACAAUUCAGUGGCUUUAAUUCAAACAUACUCAACAUGUUUCUCUCCUUAGGUCCACCAAGCUCUGCUCAAGGACUCAAACCCCUGCUCAGUGCUGUUGAUUGCUCAUAAGCUGAGCACUGUGGAGAAGGCCAAUCACAUUGUUGUUCUCGAGGAGGGAAAGGUGCUAGAGGAGGGGAGCCAUGUUGAGCUGCUGGAGAAAGGUGGAACCUAUGCUGAUCUGGUGAACAAGCAGAAUACUGGCUUCCAGCGCAAAGAAGGGGAGGAGCUGAAAGACUAAAACAGAGGCUCUGACAAUCCUCAAUGUAAACUGAAAUCCCACUUCUGUCACCAUCUCACAUUUUCACCAUUUAUUUUGGUACCCCAUUUUCAUGAUAUCCAAUUGGUAGUU